UAAUUUGACCAUUCGAAAUUUAAAUUCAUUUUGUUCCAGAGUCCCGACCCCGCGCGGUUCAGUUUCGAGCACGAGUAGCAUGAGUGCAGGCUCGCGGCUGGCUCGGCUGUUGACGCAAGGGGUUCGAGGAACGCCCGAGGAGACCGGCGGGGACACUCCACGGCGACUCAGCUGGGAGCGGCGAGAAUCAGGCGGCCAGUUGCCGCGGUCAGCCAGCAUCGACUCCAUGGUAGAGGCGGCGAUAUGCGCCCGCCACUCUGAGCCGUGCCAAACGACCCUGCAGCUGCCGGCCAGAGCCGACAGGGCGUUCAGCCUCGCCUCGCCUGUGGUCGGGAGGCGAGCGAAGACACAGAGAGGGCAGGCAGGUUAG